AUCCGUUUGCGCAAACCUGAAAAUAUAAACAGAAUACCGCUUUGCACAGAACCAGUUCUUUUCUGAUUGAAUAUAACCGACUAUGGAUGAUUGCACCAGUACCCUGGACGAAACCCGAUGUGAAAUUUGUAAGAGCGCUAAAGUACAGAGCUAUUGUGAUUUUUGUCAUGUCAACCUUUGCAAUCCAUGCACAGGAGAACAUAUAUUAGAUAAAUAUGACAAGCAUAAGGUUGUCCCUUUUCACCGACGACAAUCUUCCUUGAUUUUUCCAAAGUGUGGUACACAUCAAAAUAGAACUUGUAAAUUUCAAUGCAAAAAUUGUAUAUUCUUUGUAUGCUCGUUUUGUAUAGCAUCUAAAGAACACGGAGAACAUGAUUUAAUUGAGCUUACCAAAGUUUAUGAGACAAAGAAAGAGAAUAUUGUAAAGGAUACAUAUGAUUUGGAAAAUGUUCUAAAACCAACUUACUGUGAACUUGCUCUGGAUUUGGAAAACAAGAUUGCCAACUUGAAUGUAUUUUACGAGAACAUUGCGACAACAAUUUUAGAACAUGGAGAAGAGUGGCACAAAGAAAUUGACAACCUUAUAAGCAAGCUUAAUAGUGAAAUUACCAGUAUGAAAUCAAACCAUCUUGAAAUUUUGCAAAAAGAAUUAUGCGAUAUUAUUGAAACAAAAUCUUCAAUUGAAAGAACUGCUGAAUCCUUGAAGAAAAUUCAGGAAUCCAGCGAAAUAUCACAAAUAAUUGAAUACAGCUAUGAUAACAAAGAAUUCAGCCAACUUCCAUCACUAGUUAAUGUAUUGUUGCCAACAUUCAGCCCAAAACCAAUAGAACAAGAUAAGCUGCACAAUUGCUUUGGGGAUAUCACUCAAUUGUCAGUAGAAGAAACCGCCUCUUCCCCUGUUGAAUCAAGCACUUCAGAGGAGGUAUUGUUACAUGACUUUGAGCUUGUUGACACAAUAAAAUCUGGUUACGACAGAAUACACAGCGUUUCGUAUGAGAAUGAAGAAAAAUUAUGGAUGAGUGGACAAACAGGCGAAAUUAAAUGCUACACCAUGGAAGGUGUACUUCUCCGAGAAAUUAAAACAGAAUUAAAUGUAGUUCCUGAUAAUAUAAUUGUUGAUAGUUUUUCGGUUCUAAUGUACUCUGACCCGAGAACAUAUACAGUUUAUAAAGUAGAAAAUGACAAAAGUGUGGCGGUAAUCGAAGUUCAGGAAUGGAUACCUAGUUACCUAUGUGUAACCGCUACUCCUGGUAAUCUUCUUGUUACCAUGUACAGAUAUGAUAGAACAGAAGCUAAAGUUGUUCGUUACUCGGGAUCUAUAGAAAAUCAAACAAUUCAAUUUAAUGAAGAGGGUAAAGCUCUGUAUUCAUUGAAUGAUAAAGUGAAAUACAUAACUGAGAACAGAAAUCAAGAUAUCUGUGUGGCCGACUUUGGGGCUAAAGCAGUUGUGGUGGUAAAUCAUGAUGGGAAGUUUCGAUUUCGGUUUACAAGACAUCGUUCAGCUUCCCGCAGCAGACGCUUCACCCCAUCUGGUAUUGCUACAGACAGCCAUGGUCGCAUCCUAACAUCUGAUUAUAAUAACCAUUGUAUCCACAUUAUUGAUCAGAAUGGACAGUUUCUUAGUUGCAUUGAUAAUUGUGAUCUGGAGUUUCCAUGUGGUUUAUGUGUGAACAAUGAUGGUGAUUUGUUUGUGUGUGAGCACAAAAGAGGAAAUGUAAAGAAAAUCAAAUACUCUUGAUAUAAAUAAUUUACUCGAUCGAAGUCAACAUACAUUUUCUUAGAACAGUACUGUAUAAGAAUGAUAAUAAUAAAAUUUUUAUAUUAAAUAUUUUAAGUAAAUAGUCUUUGCAUUGAUAUGAAUUCAUCUGAUAAAAAUUCUGUCGUUCACCAAGAGAGUGCCAUAUUUUUAAAAUAGGUUUUAAAAUACAUCCAUUAGUACCAGAUAUUUUUGUCUGUGUCUAUGGAGGUACAUUAAAGCUAUAAUUGUAAUGAAAAAAGAUGUCUGCCAUUUAACCCAGAUUGUUUGAAGUUGCCAUUAUUUUUUUCUCGAUGAAAAUAUAAUGUCAAUGUGCCUCCAUAGACAAAAGAGUUCUACGAAUAGACUAAAUAUUCGUGUUCUAUAAAAGAUUCUAUGCCGAAUGAUUAAAAAAAAUGUACCUUAUUUUGAGACAAAGUUACCUCAAUAAUAUGUAAGAUUCAAACUUUUCCUCAACAAAUGGUUGUAGAUAAGACACCAUCGAACCCCUCUAUUAUUUUCUCAGAUUUUUAAAUCUUCAAAAAAAGUUUGCAGCUGCGCAGUUUUACAGCUGUUCUAAGUGAUUGAUAAGUAUUGCUUUGUUCUUAAAUGCGUACUUUACAUACAAAACAACUUGCAGAAGCUCAUAUUUAUUGCCGUUUUAACUUUUGACAACCGUUGUGGACAGUUUUGAGCAGAAACAAAUCAGUUCAAAUUUUUUUUUUACAUUUUUAUUUUCAAAUGUACAAUAUGACCGCAAAUUCCCCAUUUGCCAAAGAAAAAUGUUUAUUGCUAUAAUACGUUCUCCACUGAAUACGAUUUAUUGAACUUAAAUAUUAAAAGGGGACGAAUACCAAAUAUUAAAGAUAUAAGAAUCAUUAACAAUAUAUAAAACAUCUAAACAAUGUCGCUAUCUUUCUAUAUUUUUCAUGAAAGUUAUUUUAUGCACCAAAAUAUAUUCUGAUGAUAUGUGAAUGUGUAUAUGUUUUUGUUGUUGAUAUGUCCAUUUCAUAUUUUCUUUCCCGAUUCGAAAAAAGGAUGUUUUGUUCUCAAAAAGCACGCAACGUCCAAUAAAUGAUA